CUGACAGUGUUGUGUAUCUGUCAGCCAGAAAACCCAGCGAAGGGAGCGAGACGACGAAAUACACAGUGGAUCGAUUGAAUACUAAACUCCGAAUUUACGGUGUUGUCGAAUUGGGGCAUGUUAAUUAUUUCUUUGGGCAAAAAUUGAUUUUUCGCACAAAGAUGCAGUUCAUGCUCCUCUUCAGCCGGCAAGGCAAACUCCGCCUGCAGAAGUGGUAUGUCCCGCUGUCCGACAAGGAGAAGAAGAAGAUCACACGGGAGCUGGUGCAGACCGUCCUGGCUCGCAAGCCCAAGAUGUGUAGCUUCCUGGAGUGGAGGGACCUCAAGAUUGUUUACAAGAGAUAUGCCAGUCUGUAUUUUUGCUGUGCCAUUGAGGACCAGGACAAUGAGCUGAUCACCCUGGAGAUCAUUCAUCGCUACGUCGAGCUGCUGGAUAAGUAUUUCGGCAGUGUGUGUGAGCUGGACAUCAUAUUUAACUUCGAGAAGGCGUACUUCAUCCUGGACGAGUUUCUCCUGGGAGGGGAGGCUCAGGAGACCUCCAAGAAGAACGUCCUAAAGGCAAUCGAACAGGCUGAUCUCCUGCAGGAGCCUCGACAUGAAUAUUUUAAUGUGCCUGUUUACUGAUUGGGUGUCGCUGGCUGCCCGUCAUGCAUGCUGAGCCCCUCCCCCUGCACGGCAUGCCUGCUGGUCCUGCCUCUUCUUCCACCGUGGUCCUAUCAGAAUGCAGCAUCACUGGGUCUCCACUGUCAUCGCCAUCCUGUGUGCUUCCACGUUCAUCACGCAUUUUCUCUGUCUGUGUCUCUUCUUCUUUGUCAUGCGUAUGCUCACACUCUACUUCGAGCUCGUCUAUCUGUAUCUGACCUGUGUGUGGAAUCUCUGCGAGAGCCACCUGGGGGUCUCCCACAACCCACCCUCACCCCACACGCUACAGCAUACAGCGUAAUGUCAAGUGUCAAUAUGAUAACUGUCACUGUAAUAUAUGUACUGGUUCAUUUACCACUGUUUCUUCAUUUUAAACUCGGAGUUCUUUUUUCAUAUGGCUAAAUCCCUUACUUUGAUCAUUACCCAAUGACUCAGUUACUUAGUGUCUCAGACCUAUACAUGUGGAACAGGCUAAAACACAAUUAGUAUCAUGUAUCAGUAUCACUAAACUGAGUGAAAUGACUAAAUAUCCUCAGCAGAGGCUCCCCUGACAACAGCGGUCCAGAUGGGGUUUUGUGAAGUGUAGAUCCUGUGUCCUGUGAGUCGGCACGUAGCUGACAUAUAGCCAGUGUCUGUCCACUUAUACCAGUGCAAGCUCAACUCCCAUCCAGAUGACUACAGAGAAAGCUCUGCUGAUUAGGGAAGAAGUGAAGAACCAGUGUACUUCCAGUUAGUGGGCUUUCCCAGCACUGUAAGUUGGUUGCUGCAGUUCUACACACACACACACACACACACACACACAUGCAUGCGUACACACA